UACCAAGGUUUGGCUGGAAGAAGCACUAAUGAAGUGUUGCAGCUCUACUCUGCUCAUGGCCAGCAGCAGAAAUUGCAGAGAAGUUCUGUUGUAACCCAGCUGCAUGGAGCAAUAAAGAGGCUUAAGCAAGACCUGAAGAGCCUCCAUUCAUUUGCUCUUGAGCUUUCAAAAGACUUCCAGCGUCAAAGCAAGACUUAUCUUUACCAAGUUUUGACAGCAGUCCAAGGGAUACAGCUGCAAAAUGAAGCAAUGCAAAUGUUUCAGAUGAAAGCUUUUGAUCUUGAGCAGUCUCUACAAGAGGUGACAGAGAGAUAUGAGAAAGAGAAGCAAAAGAGGAGAGCUCUACAUAACAACUUAGUUGAACUGAGAGGAAAUAUCAGAGUCCACUGCAGGAUCCGACCAUUGCUCCCUUUUGAUACUGCUGCUGGACAUUUGAUGUCACAAGAUAGGCAAAGAAGCUUUUCAGAAAAAGUGGCCUAUGCAACUGAUGAUGAAACUGUCCUUGUAAAGUGUAGCCGUCCUGGUCAUGCAUCAAUAAACAAGACUUUUCAGUUUGAGAGAGUCUACAAUGCUUCGGAGUCUCAAGACACAGUAUUUGCAGAUGUGGCCCCUUUGCUAACAUCUCUCCUGGAUGGGUACAAUGUGUGUAUCAUGGCUUAUGGGCAAACGGGAAGUGGGAAGACAUACACGAUGUUGGGACCACAGAUAGAGGAGAACUUUGCAUUUGAAGAUGAAUCAGAACUGGGAAUUAUUCCUCGAGCUACCCAAGAAGUUUUCAGGCUUAUUUCAGAAAAGCCACCAGGAAGUUACUGGGUUGAGGUUUCUGUUGUAGAAGUGUAUAAUAAUGAAAUUUUUGAUCUUCUGGCCAAAGACAGUUGUGGAAAAGUAUUUGGCGUCAAACGUGAUGUUGUCACAACCAGAGAAGGAAAGAGCGAUGUUCCAUGGCUUACACAUGAGACUGUUGAAAAUGCAUCUGACUUUUUGCAUCUAGUCAACAAAGGCCUACAGCUGAGAGUCAGGCAUCCCACACUGGUGCAUGCUCAUUCCUCUCGUUCUCAUCUGGUAGUUACGUUGACCAUAACCACAGUUGUCUCCGGAGAUAACUUUGGUACUUCAUGGGAAGAUGAACAAACCAGUCAGAGACUAAAUAAAGAGGUUUCCUGCACCUUUCCACAAAAAGAGAGAGACAGUAAAUCCACCUCUUCUUCCAGAGCCUCUUCACCAGCACAACUUGAAGCAACUGAGAAAAUGAAACAAGUCAAAACUAGAUUGCAGCUGGUGGACCUGGCUGGUAGCGAGUGUGUCGGUAUGUCUGGAGUGACAGGUGCAGCACUGAGAGAGACAUCCUUUAUUAACCGCAGCUUGUCUGCCCUGGCAGACGUUCUUGGAGCAAUAGCAGAACAGCGAUCGCACGUACCAUAUCGAAACAGCAAACUUACACAUCUGCUUCAGGACUCCGUAGGAGGUGAUGCUAAACUGUUGGUGAUGCUGUGCAUCUCUCCUCACCAGAAAUACUUAACAGAAUCAAUGCAGUCUCUGGGAUUUGGAACUCGUGCUCGGCAAGUUCAGAGAGGACAAGUCAAGAAAAAAAAUUUCCCAGUGCCGAGUAAAGCAAAAUAA